ACAUCGAGAGUGGUGGUGCGGCCGACAGCUCUGGGAUAACAGCAGAAUGUCUCGCGACGUUGCCCGACGCGCACGCUCCGGAGUCGGCGCCCGCGCAUACAUCGUCCAAACAGUGGACAAUCGAUUAAUUAGUGCAAAGUGUAACGUGCUAUCGGACGGACCCCAACCACUCUCCAGGGCAUAAGUCACGAAAUGGCGCACCACCAGUUCAUCUGUUUGGUCAUCGUUGCAGCGCUAGGCGUGAAAGCAUGCAUCGGUCAAACUUCAAUAGAGUCGACGAAACCGCCCGAAAGUUUACCGACUCUUGCAAAAGAGGUCGAAGACAACAGUCGCUACAAAACCUUGGAAGCGAACGUUACAAUGUUGAAACUACUCGUCGAUGAUAAAGACGGAGUGAGCAGGUCGGAAGUGUUUGACAUGCUUCAUUCUCGGGACGACAAUCCUGAACACAUGGAUUUGCCGAUCUUCCCGGAGGAUGAAGAGGAUGCGAGAACCGAGGUGCCGCUUGUUCCAGAUUCACAAGCCGAAUUCUUACAAGGUUCAGAGACUAUCGUAUCAAAAGACACAACAACACGGUUGCGGUUCACGGCAGGCCGCACAGAGCCGGUUGGCGCGGCGGCGGGUAUCAUGGUGGUGGUCACCUGCAGUAUCGUUUGUCUCGCCUACUCAGCCCUCAUCGUCUGGAGACGGAUAUACUUAAAGCGGAAUGGGCUGAAACACGAGUUGUUGAGGAAUGAGGAGAACAUAGCCGAGACAAGAAUAGAAUUGUAAGCAGCAGUUACUACAAUUAUAUGCCACGCUUGCGAAAUACGACUGUCUCAAUAAUUGCUUUAGUGCAUAUAAUUAGCUAGAAAGCAUUAAGACUGAAUAAAUUGGCUAGAAUAUUUAGCUGUUAAUAACAUUUCUAUGUGAAUCUCUUAUAAGCAGAUAAAUAAAAUAGUUAAUCAUAAUAAAAUAUCAAUAAUGACGAAAAUAUUGUCGUUGGAUUUAGUUAUUGACUUUGGAUUUUUGUUUAAGCUGUUUACAAUGUUUAAAUAAUGCCGUGUUAUGUAAUAACUAAUUACUACAAAUUCUCUAUUUAAAACGCAACUUCUUUUAUGAUGCGUUUCUUGUUUUUAAAACUACUCAUUUAAAAAAAUAAAAAUUUUAGUGCAUAAACUUUGAGUUUUAAGCAGUCUCAAUACAUUUGCACGCUAGAUACGCCUCAACGCGGAUAGUGGCUUGCUAUCCCAAUAUCAUCCUAUCCCACAUGGCCUCUACUUGCCAGUUUAUCUAUUAAUAUAAAUAUGUUAAUAUAAGCGAGUGCCAUACUGUUAUAUCGAGGACAAUCACAAUGUAAAGUGUAGUCAUAUAAAAUAAAUAGAUAUAAUGAUUGGCAUGUUUGUAUUGUAUUAUUUAUUCAUUACGUAAAGUAAAACAUGUCUGUGAUGUGAUAAUAUAAGAACCUUUGGAAAUAAAUUGAAAUUGUAUAAA